AGAAUCCUAGAAGGAAAAAAAGGCAGGGAAGCAGUGCAGCACCCUGUCUCCGACCUGUCUCUUUCCUUGGACUUCCUUGCUUUCCCCUUCACCUGCCUCACGCAGCUGCUGGGGGGUUCGGACUUCCGGGUUCUUGUCGUCGCCGUCGCCGGCUCGCCGCAGCCGCUGCCGCAGGGCCAGGCUUGUCCCGGUGCUAGAUCUAAAGAGAUAAAAUCAUGGCUUCCGAUACCAACAAUCUUGUGCUGCACAUCAGAAUUCUAGUGCGUUCCUCUACCAGACUUGCCUAUCAUUGUGCUUGCCACCAUCUUGAAGCACUCGGUGCCGCAAUUGUGUUGCUGCUUCUACAUGGACUGUGUCCUACUCUGUUCGCCUUCAUGCUGUCUUCCUCUCCGGUCAUCGUUUUAACCGCUCUUCUUCUCGGAGCACUAUUGAGUUAUGGUGAAGCCAAUGUACCCUUGGAUGGAGAUGAGACACUGGAGGAGCAUGAAUUUCUCCCCCUUAAAUCCAACAUUUGUAUUAGCGACUGUUUAAUCAAAGAGGUUCAGAAUGUUGCUAUCAAGGCACAGUUAAAGAAGCGAACUGAUAUUGACAGUUGUGAAGUAUAUGUCAGGGAGAGAGCUUCUGAUGAUGAUUUUACAUGUGACGCUCCGUGUGAAGAAAAAAAUGUCGCAUACAUUGCCUCUGAUGCUGCUGUUCUUAGUGGAGAAGAAUUUAUUGAGGAGGAGAGAACUCCCAAUGAUGAUUUGCAAGGUACUCACUGUGAAGAGAAAAAUGUCACAUUUGUGUCAGAUGAUACCGUUCUAAGUGCAGAGGCUUUUAACCAUACCAAAAUCGAUGCCACUGCGGAGUGUGAAGAGCAUACUAAGGAAAUCGACGAGAAGGCCGAGCUGCAAGAGCUUGAAAGCACUUGUACUGGAAGCUGUAACGAUGGAGUACACGGCCAAUAUCAGUUUGGUGAAUUCAUGAGAUCAUGUUGGCAACCUGUCAUGAGGCAGGAUCCUCCUUGUUAUGACUCUGAAUCUGAUCUUACUGAUGAGAGCUCUUCUGCUGACGCGUCCAUGACCGACAUUAUCCCAAUGAUUGAGGAGCUGCACUCAAUGAUAAACUCAGCGACUGGCCAGCUUUCCUUGGCCUCCAGAGACAGCUUGAAUUCCUCAUCCGAUGAUAAUGAAGAUGACCUUGGGGAGGAGGAGGAGGAGGAAGAUGUUAGCUCAGGUGACGAGGAAGGAGCAGAAUGGGAGCAAGAUAACCAAAAUAACUGGAAAGAUGGUGUUCAUCUAAAUUGCAUGGAUAUGGAGCAAACUAGUCAGUUGGAGAACCUGGUAGACCUUCAAAGAGCAAAAAACAUUCUGAAGUUUGAGCUUGACAUGAGGUUAUUUGACCUGCAAGCUGCUGAUACAACUAGGAAAAUGAAGGAUGCAUCAACCUUCCAUGUUCAGGUCCCUUCCAUUUCCACCCCAAGACAUAACCCAUUCAAUCCUUCAAGAGAUUCAGAGGAAACUAUAGAUUUACCACCGAUUCCCGGUUCAGCGCCAUCCCUUUACCUUCCACGGCGAAACCUAUUUGAUCUUCCAUUCGACCGAGCCGUGCACCAUCGCAGUCGAUUGCAGGAAAGCUGGACUCCUCGCGCGCGCUUUCGAUCAGCACAAAAUAUGAAGCACAGGAAUUCUUAUGAACAAAAUUAUUCUUGUUAUCUGCAACAUGGCAAUUGUGUCAAACUGGACAAUGGUGAAAUUUGUGAUAAUCACUCGGACCACUAUGCUGAGAAAGAAGGGAACAAUGUCAAGCUAUUUGGUUCGCUGGAAGCACAUUUAGGUGAAGAGAUGAAAAUAUUAAGCACCGCGAUUUCAGAUGUGGGCAUGUUAGGAGAGGUAAAUCAUGGAAUAGAUGAAGGCAACAAGACUACUAAUUCCACAGAUGAUACAAGUUCUUCAUCGGGAUUAAAUAUUCAUAUUGAUGAACCAUUUGCCGUGGAAGCAGACGCCAUGAGUGAAGUGAACUCACUAUUCAAGUGCCGUAUGCAGGACGUUCUGGUACAGUCCAUUUCAGAGCGUAGUGUCUGUCAACCCUUGGAAGUUAAACCUGAAGACAUACCGAGUGUCUUGUUAUCUUCAGACUUAUGGAUGCAUGUUGACGAAGCAAUUUCAGUUGAGGAGCUGCAAUUUGCACGACUCGAUGAAGAAGCGCUGACCUGUGCUCCUUCUGACCUCGAUGGUUGGAGCCGGUCGAUUCGAGAUGGAUUGAGUGAAGCAUUACCGGUGGUAGAAGAGCAGAGUUCAGAGCUCCCGACUGAAUUAGAUGGGUGCAGAGAGCUAUCAACUUCAGGAGAUCAGCAGAGUGCAGAUAUUUCUGAACGAAAUGAGCUUCCUGUUCUAGGAAUAAGCUCAGUCAAGGCGAUGGACUCGCUCUUCGAGCAAUUUGAAGAGGUGCAGUUAAGCAAUGGUCGUAGCAAAAUCAACAUGCCUCAAGAUAUAUUACGUGAACUGGAGGUGGAUCCAGUGGAGCUUAACUCCACAUCGCAGAUUAUCGACGCCGAAACUCUCUAACAGUGGUUUAAACGCAACUGAGCCAGAAAAAAGGGUCCACUGAACAGGCUGAAACUACUGCUGUUACAGGGCAGCCGACUGAAGGUAGUUGAUUCAUUCAUUCAGUGAUUCAGCUACUGCUAGUAUUUGGCUGCUUGUAAAAGAAAUGUUUUGGCGAUGUUACAAAAGCUUUGGUUUGAGACACUGCACUGAGACAGGUCUCUAUCAGUCUCGGAAAUACUUGGAGGGCAAUGGGUGUACAUGGCCAUGCUCUUUGUGUUUAUAUAUGGCUCUUUUUAUUCUAUUGUUUAUUUGUUGUGUAACU